CUCGGGAUGAGGAGAGCGGGGCCCGGGCGGAGCGGCGUGAGGACCCCAGGGGCUGCGGCCACGCGGGCGCCGUGAGGCUGCGGGAGGCGAUGCCGGCUCGCUGCUGAGAGGCUUUGGCGAGAACGAGGAAGCCCCAAGAUGGAGGACUUCUCGGCCAGGACCUACGGCACCAGCGGUCUGGACAACAGACCUCUGUUUGGGGAGACGUCGGCCAAGGAUAGAAUCAUUCAUUUGGUUGUUGGAAGCUUAACAUCCUUAUUGAUUCUUGUAACGCUCAUCAGCGCAUUUGUUUUCCCGCACCUACCUCCAAAGCCGCUGAAUAUAUUUUUUGCUGUCUGCAUCUCUUUGAGUUGUAUUACUGCCUGCAUUCUGAUCUACUGGUAUCGACAAGGAGACUUAGAACCAAAAUUUAGAAAUCUAAUUUACUAUAUCUUAUUUUCUAUCAUCAUGUUAUGUAUAUGUGCAAACCUGUACUUCCAUGAUGUGGGAAGGUGAGGCGUCCGAGGACAGA